AGGGGCGCGAGGAGACUGCCAGGGGUGCCGGAAGGGGCACGUGGGCCGUUGGCCUUGGCCUUAGCCGGGAAGGCGGCCGUUGGUGAGUUGUGGCCCGCCAGGCGAGGUCAGGUGUCUGGCCGGGCUGUGGCCACAAUGAUCCAAGACUCAUCCACCCCUUUGAGUGGCGGCCGCACGUCACCCAAAAAGCCAGGCAGCCCCGGCCAGGCAGCGGCAGUGCAGGAGGAGCAGAGGCGGGAGAUGGAGAAGCUUCGGGCCGAGCUGGAGGAGGAGCGAGCGCGCGGGCGGGCAGAGCGGCAGCGCUUCACGGCCCAGGCACGCAGGCUGCGGGAGGUGGCCGAAAGAGAGAGGCAGCAGCUGGCGGACCACCUGCGCUCCAAAUGGGAGGCACAGCGCUUCCGGGAGCUGCGGCAGCUGCAGGCGGAGGUACAGCGGGAGCGUGAGGCCGAGAUCCGUCAGCUGCUGCGCUGGAAGGAGGCCGAGCUGCGGCAGCUACAGCAGCUGCUGGGCCGCGAGCGCGACGGCGUGGUGCGCCAGGCCCGUGAGCUGCAGCGCCAGCUGGCCCAGGAACUGGUGAACCGCGGCUACUGCGGCCGCACCGGGACGCCCGAGGUUCCCGCAGAGCAGUGCCGCUGUCGUCUGCAGGAAGUGCUGCGGCAGCUUCGCUGGGAGACAGACGGCGAGCAAGCCGCGCGCAUCCGUCACCUGCAGGCGGCGCUGGACGUUGAGCGCCAGCUCUUCCUCAAGUACAUCCUGGAGCACUUCCGCUGGCAGCCCGCUUUACCCGGGCCCCCGGACCCGCAGGCCGAGAAUUCAUCGGAGGCGCCACUGCCCGAAACCGCCAGCAACGCCCCCCAAACCCGGAAAACCCAUCUUCGACUUGGACCCCCUGCCAGCCUGGGCGUGUUGGUCCGAGAUCGUUCCCGUUCUUUGGAGAGAUUGCUGGAGGGGCGCUCCGGCUCCCCAGACCGCCAGCUCCCUGCGCGUGCUAGCUCCCUUGAGUCCUUGGACACGGCGUAUUCCUGCUCGCUUGACAGCACUCUGAGACGCCCCAAGGCCUUCAAUGAGUCAGAGGCACCAGCCUCCUCUGCGAACAUCUCUGUCCCAGACUCCCCAAAUUCCUUGCUAACUAAGGUACACAGAAAACGUAAAGAUCUGCGCAGAGAAUGCUCUGGAAGCCAGCCCCGUGACAGUCUAAUAUCCUCCCCACCAGACCCCGACUACCGUGCACUGGUGAAGCGGAACUCGGAACUGAGCGAAGCGUUGCAGGGGCUGACACGCCGCUGCUCUGAAUUGCACGAGGAGAACCUGCAGCUGCGGUGCGGUGGCAGCCCCAGUGAGGAGGAUGGAAAGGUGAAGCGGCUGAAGAUGAAACACGCGGAGUUGGCAGGCCUCGCUCGGCGCCUGGAGGACCGUGCCCGCAAGCUGCAGGAGACCAGCCUUCGAGCAAUGAGCGCGCCCGUGCCGGGAGAGAACCGCGCCGGCCUGGAACUGUGCCAGGCCCUUGCCGGUCAGCGCGCCAGAGACCUGUCAGAUCAGGCCAGUGCUCUGUUAGCCAAGGACAAGCAGAUCGAAGAACUGAGACGGGAGUGUCACCUGCUGCAGGCGCAGGUCGCCACUGGCCGCGACAGUCCUUUGAAUCCUGCAGGGGGCGUCCCUCGUUCAGAAUGGCUCAACAUCAGAGACUUGGACCAGCUGCAGCGCGAGUCCCAGCGGGAAGUUCUGCGCUUGCAGAAGCAGUUGACGCUGCAGCGUCAAUUGGGCUGCGCCCAGGUGAAAGCUAGCAGUCAGAGCGUACCCUGUGAGGAGUCUCGACACCAGGUACAGGCUCUGGAGCUUGAGCUGGACGCACUGCGGCGUGAAUGUGAGGCACGGAGCGCUCAGGCUGCAGCGGCCCAACGGCGCAGCGAGGAGGCAGAGGCACAGCUGCAGGCAGCACUUCAGAAGGGCGCCUGGCUGGCGGAGGAGAACGUGCAGCUACAGGCCCAAGCCCACUGGGUACGAAAGGUGGCGGCCGAGAACAGCGAUGUGCGCGGGCAGCUGGGUCGCGCGUGCCAGGAGCGCGACGCCGCAGGCCUUCUGGCAGAGCAGCUGCUGCAACAGGCGGCACUCGAGCAGAAUAGGCAGCAGCAGCUGCAGCACGACCUGCAAAAGGCCCUGAGCGACCUCCAAGCUGCCCGGAAGGAGAUGCAAGCGUUACAAGAUCAGCCUGGCUAUCCUCCCAAGCAGCCACAGGAGGCCACCCAAGAGACAAGUAGAGGAAGGCACAAGCUCGAGCCACAGACUGAAGACUAUGUACCAUCACAGCCUAGCAAAGAACAGUCUCAUGUUUGUCCUGCCCUACAGGACAGUACAGUUGCCCUUGGGGAACCAGUCAAUUCCCACCCUGUGUCAGACAGAGUCCCUGCCAACCAGCCUCUGGACUCCACGCAUCAAGCUAAGAAAACCAGUUCCCAGUCUUCUACCUCCUCCUCUGAGGUUGAGUCCAUGUGGGCCACUGUGCCAUCUUGCCUUACUUUGGAAAUGGACACAGCCAGUGAGGUGGAUGAUCUAGAGCCAGACAGUAUGUCUCUCGCACUAGAAGUGAAGGACCCCAAGGCACCCUCCAUCUCCAAGUUCAAGAUUUUCCAGGCUAAAUAUAGCUACAACCCAUUUGAGGGACCCAAUGAGCAUCCUGAACAUGAAUUACCUCUCACAGCUGGGGAUUAUGUGUAUGUCUUUGGGGACUUGGAUGAGGAUGGUUUCUAUGAAGGGGAGCUUGAGGAUGGCCGGCAAGGGCUGGUACCUUCCAACUUGCUAGAACAGAUUCCAGACAACCACAACCAAAGAGACCUGUCUCCCAAGUCACCUGAGUCCCCAAAUCACUUAGGCCCCACUCUACUACCUGUUGGGCAGAACAAAGCCUCAGAAGAAGCCAGCUUAUUCACUGGAGAGGACCAGGUAUCAGUGGAUAGAGGACCAUGCCAGAUGGGAAGAGAGGGUUCCAAGACCGAAAAGGUAACAGAGAUUUUAGAGAUCAAGAGAGAGGCCUGCUGGCUGGACUCAUCACAGAGUCUGCAAGAGCAGAACUUCUCCAUUGUCCCACUGAAGACCAAAGAAUUGUCCUGUGUGGGACCAAUGCAACUACACCUGCAGAAUGUCACUGCCACAUCAGCUGAAAUCAGCUGGGUUUAUGGCAGUAGCAGACACCUCCAUGUGGUAUACCUCAAUGGCCAGGAACAUGCCUUGACACCCUCAGGUGUGACCUGCUAUACUUUUGAAGGCCUACAUCCCGGCACACAAUACCAGGCUCGAGUGGAGGUUGAUAUACCUUGGGACUUGGGGCAGGUGCCCUGGGAAACAAUGUCCUCCACUAUCAACUUCAACACACCCUUAGCAGGACCCCCAGACCCUCCUCUGGAUGUGCUGGUAGAGCACCACACCUUACCAGGCUUCCUAGUGGUCAGCUGGAUCCCUGUGACCAUUGACUCAGCUGGAUCCUCCAAUGGAGUACAAGUUACUGGCUAUGCUGUAUAUGUGGAUGGAAUCAAGAUUGCAGAGGUCUCUGAUGCCACUGCUGGGAGCAUUCUGUUGGAAUUUUCCCAGCUGCGGGUACUCCUAACAUGCGAAAAGGUCUCAGUGAGAACCAUGUCACUGUGUGGUGAGUCUUUGGAUUCAGUGCCAGCUCAGAUCCCUGAAGAUUGCUUCACUUAUCAUUCCUUACUGGACAGUCCUCCCUUUGGCAACAUCUGUGGUGACCCAUCCACCUUUGGAGUCUACCAUCAGAAGAUGGCACUGUCUUCUUUGAGUAACAAGCCAGACCCUCACACCCCUGGGAGCUGUGGGGAACCUCAGGGCAAGUUUCCAGAAGCACUGCCUGAAGAACCCCUCAGGAGGCAGCCCCCAUUGUCCAACCUGAGCUCAGAAGAGGCUGGUAAGCAAGCCCAAGGGUCCACUGGGGCCCAAAAAGGCUGCAGCAAGGACCUAUGCUUUCAGAAGAGUCCUCAAAACAACAGACCACUUCUUUCUAGAGGUCAGUCUGUGAUGGAAGAAAACCACUAUGGGCACAACAGCACCAGCAGAGGUUCAUCUCCAGGAUUCAUCCACCUGUCUCCGAAGUAUAGGCCCAGGAAACAGCUGUGUCAGGAGACAGCUGCCCUUGAGAAGGACUGUAGGCAAAAGCAAGAUGCCCAGGUGUUGACAUCUUCCCAGUGGGGAACCAGCCAGCAGUAUGCAGCUGACUCCUGUAAUAUAUUGGAGGAGAAGAGGUGCUUGGAUCCUUGGCACACAGAGAAGCGAGAGCACAGAGACAAAUUCAGGUCCCAGAACAGGCAACAUCAGGCUCUGGGGAGCAAGAAAGAGUUGCAGCUCUGUGAGCCCUCCUCAGUGCUAUGUCCAACUCAAUCCAGCAAAGUCAUUAAGAUGUCCCGGGGUGAACCUCCACAGGUGGGGCCAGAGGCCAACACUCCAGCCAGGAUAUUUGUGGCCCUCCUUGAUUAUGACCCCUUAGCAAUGUCUUCUAACCCCAAAGCUGCAAAGGAAGAGCUAACCUUCAAGAAAGGACAAUUGCUGAGAGUAUGGGGCUCUCAGGACCCCCAUGGCUUCUACCAUGGCGAGUGCAAUGGUCAAGUGGGCAACAUCCCUGGGCACCUGGUGGCUGAAGUGGAGGGGGAAACAGAGCAAUCUCACAGAAGGUGGCAUUUGCCAUCACAAGGGUACCUGCCUUCUGUGGCUCACCUUGAGGACUUUGAGGGGCCUAUCAGCCCCCAGGGUUCCUUCUUCAGGCCCCCAGAGAACUCCAGGAGACCCACAUUGUGGACCCCAAAGACCAUGAUUGUGGCUCUGGAUUAUGAUCCCAGGGAUAGGAAAGCAGGGGCCCGGGCAAAGGGCAAACUGGCUCUGAGGGCUGGGGAUAUGGUUACAGUCUACGGGCCUGUGGAUGAUAAGGGAUUCUAUUAUGGUGAGUCGGGUGGCCACAGAGGCCUGAUCCCAGCCCACUUGCUGGAUGACUUAUCUGUCCACAGAGAGUGAGCAAGGCUUGGUGCAGGAGUGGUGGCCUCUGGCUGCCCACACCCUCAGAAGGAGAAGCAAGCACGUACACCCUCAUACAGCAUCCCUCCUGGCUACCACCUUAAGCAACAUUUGCUCCAGGCACCACUGUGUUCAGCUGAUGGCAUGCCAGGUGUGUUCCUAUCCCCUGAGAACAGCAGAGUUUAAAUCUGAGUUGAAUUGUUUCCAAAAGAAAACAAAUCAGACCAAUGUCUUGAGAAUUUCAGAGUCCUAGGUAACUAUGAUACUUAUUUGGAGAAGUGCCUUUUUCUGGGGUGAAUAUGUUUUCUUUAACAGGUUAACA